AUGGGGGGUGGACCCGAGAGAGGGAGGGAGAGGAGGGAGAGAGACAGAGAGCGGUGUCAACAUUCUCAAAUCGGGGGGCUGUAUCUCCUGUUUCUGGGGCAACGGGUCCCCUCCCCUCCCCCGUCUCUCUCCCCCCUCCCCUGUCUCCCUCCCCCUUGCAUCCCGCUCCGCCAGAGAGAGACAGGAAAUUAGAAACCGCCAGACAGGAUAUUGCGUUCUGGUGGCCUGGGGAUUAGCUGUUUUAUCUAAACACACACACACACACACAGAGACUCAUCCAUAUCCUCACACAUAUCCACACAUUCCUCUCACACUCUCCCAAGCAUCAAGCACAGUGUUCUGCACAGUUUUCAGUUUUUACUCUUUGCAGGUAUGUUACAUUUAGUCAUGUUAUACCAUAUCUGAGCUGUCAUUAAAGGGUUGAGUCUUUCAGUCGAGAUCAGAUGUGGAGUAUGGAGUAUCUCAAGUAUUAUUAGGAACAGUGUAAAUAGUUGCGCUGAGAAAAGCUAGGAGUCUAUGGAGAGACUGGUCUGCUAAUCAUUAAUAAUAUACCUUGAUAUUGUAUUUUAUACUAAUCAGAGGGUCAUUCAUACUGUAUACCUCAAAAUGUUUGGAAAUCAAAUAAGACUGUCUGAUUAUACGUUGUCUAUAAGUACACAUAGGCUUUGACGGAAAUGACUGGAGUGUGUGUGUGCGCACACGUACACACGCUUGCCUUCCAUCUGCAUGUGUGUGUGAUUGCAAGUUGUUUCUGUUUGUAUAUCACUGUUCUGUGAUGUACCGUGUCUGUGACCCAUACACUCAAAUAAAUGCUGGGUUAAAAACAACCCUAUUUGGUAACCCAAUGCUGGCUAAAUAUUGGACAGAACACACACUGGGUUAUGUGAAUAACCCAACAAGUUGGGUUGUUGGGAUUACCCAAACAUGGGGUUAAUUUAACCAUCAGUUGGGUAUUUUUUACUCUCAUGCUGAGUUGAUCUAGCAGCUGUUUUAAUGUAAUCCUUAGGUUAUUUUCAACUCGAUUUUAUUGGCCACCUGUUAUUUUGUUUUUACAUUUUACACAUUCUUCUAUAAUAUGAAGAUACUGUAUUAUAAACUGGGUGGUUUGAGCCCUGAAUGCUGAUUGGCUGACAGCCAUGGUAUAUCAUACUGUGUACCACGGGUAUGACAGAACAGUUAUUUUUUCUGCUCUAAUUAUGUUGGUAACCAGUUUAUAAUAGCAAUAAGCUACCUAGGGGGUUUGUGAUAUACAGUGAGGGAAAAAAGUAUUGCCCACUGUCAAAGAAAUUAUCAGUCUAUAAUUUUUAUGGUAGGUUUAUUUGAACAGUGAGAGACAGAAUAACAACAAAAACAUCCAGAAAAACACAUGUCAAAAAUGUUAUAAAUUGAUUUGCAUUUUAAUGAGGGGAAUAAGUAUUUGACCCCCUCUCAAUCAGAAAGAUUUCUGGCUCCCAGGUGUCUUUUAUACAGGUAACGAGCUGAGAUUAGGAGCACACUCUUAAAAGGAGUGCUCCUAAUCUCAGUUUGUUACCUGUAUAAAAGAUACCUGUCCACAGAAGCGAUCAAUCAAUCAGAUUCCAAUGGCCAAGACCAAAGAGCUCCCCAAGGAUGUCAGGGACAAGAUUGUAGACCUACACAAGGCUGGAAUGGGCUACAAGACCAUCGCCAAGCAGCUUGGUGAGAAGGUGACAACAGUUGGUGCGAUUAUUCACAAAUGGAAGAAACACAAAAGAACUGUUAAUCUCCCUUGGCCUGGGACUCCAUGCAAGAUCUCACCUCGUGGAGUUGCAAUGAUCAUGAGAAUGGUGAGGAAUCAGCCCAGAACAACAUGGGAGGAUCUUGUCAAUGAUCUCAAGGCAGCUGGGACCAUAGUCACCAAGAAAACAAUUGGUAACACACUACGCCGUGAAGGACUGAAACCCUGCAGCGCCCGCAAGGUCCCCCUGCUCAAGAAAGCACAUAUACAGGGCCGUCUGAAGUUUGCCAAUUAACAUCUGAAUGAUUCAGAGGAGAACUGGUUGAAAGUGUUGUGGUCAGAUGAGACCAACAUCGAUCUCUUUGGCAUCAACUCAACUCGCCGUGUUUGGAGGAGGAGGAAUGCUGCCUAUGACCCCAAUAACACCAUCCCCACUGUCAAACAUGGAGGUGGAAACAUUAUGCUUUGGGGGUGUUUUUCUGCUAAGGGGACAGGACAACUUCACCGCAUCAAAGGGAUGAUGGACGAGGCCAUGUACCGUCAAAUCUUGGGUGAGAACCUCCUUCCCUCAGCCAGGGCAUUGAAAAUGGGUCGUGGAUGGGUAUUCCAGCAUGACAAUCACCCAAAACACACGGCCAAGGCAACAAAGGAGUGGCUCAAGAAGAAGCACAUUAAGGUCCUGGAGUGGCCUAGCCAAUCUCCAGACCUUAAUCCCAUAGAAAAUCUGUGGAGGGAGCUGAAGGUUUCGAGUUGCCAAACGUCAGCCUCGAAACCUUAAUGACUUGGAGAAGAUCUGCAAGAGGAGUGGGACAAAAUCCCUCCUGAGAUGUGUGCAAACCUGGUGGCCAACUACAAGAAACGUCUGACCUCUGUGAUUGCCAACAAGGGUUUUGCCACCAAGUACUAAGUCAUGUUUUGCAGAGGGGUCAAAUACAUAUUUCCCUCAUUAAAAUGCAAAUCAAUUUAUAACAUUUUUGCCAUGUGUUUUUCUGGAUUGUUUUGUUGUUAUUCUGUUUCUCACUGUUCAAAUAAACCUACCAUUAAAAUUAUAGACUGAUCAUCUCUUUGUCAUUGGGCAAACAUACAAAAUCAGCAGGGGAUCAAAUACUUUUUUCCCUCACUGUAUGGCCAAUAGACACUACAUGACCAAAAGUAUGUGCACCUGCUCGUCGAACAUCUCAUUCCAAAAUCAUGGGCAUUAAUAUGGAGUUGGUCCCCCCCUUUGCUGCUAUAACAGCCUCCACUCUUCCGGGAAGGCUUUCCACUAGAUAAUAAUAUAAUAAUAAUAUGCCAUUUAGCAGACGCUUUUAUCCAAAGCGACUUACAGUCAUGCGUGCAUAAAUUUUUGUGUAUGGAUGUUGGAACACUGCUGCAGGGACUUGUUUCCAUUCAGCUACAAGAGCAUUAGUGAGGUCGGGCACUGAUGUUGGGCGAUUAGGUCUGGCUCACAGUCGGCGUUCCAAUUCAUCCCAAAGGUGUUUGAUGGGGUUGAGGACAGGGCUCUGUGCAGGCCAGUCAAGUUCUUCCACACCGAUCUCGACAAACCAUUUCUGUAUGGAUCUCGCUGUCAUGCUGAAACAGGAAAGGGCCUUCCCCAAACUGUUGCCACAAAGUUGGAAGCACAGAAUCAUCUAGAAUGCCAUUGUAUGCUGUAGCGUUACAUUUCCCUUAACUGGAACUAAGGGGCCUAGCCCGAACCAUGAAAAACAGCCCCAGACCAAUAUUCCUCCUCCACCAAACUUUACAGUUGGCACUGUGCAUUCGGGCAGGUAGCAUUCUCCUGGCAUCCGCCUAACCCAGAUUCGUCCGUCGGACUGCCAGAUGGUGAAGCGUGAUUAACCCCUCCAGAGAACGCGUUUCCACUGCUCCAGAGUCCAAUGGCGGCGAGCUUUACACCAGCUCCAGACGAACAGUUCUUGUGCUGACGUUGCUUCCCGAGGCAGUUUGGAACUCAGUAGUGAGUGUUUCAACCGAGGACAGACAAUUUUUGCACGCUACGUGCUUCGGCACUCGGCGGUCCCGUUCUGUGAGCUUGUGUGGCUUACCAAUUCGCGGCUGAACCGUUGUUGCUCCUAAACGUUUCCACUUCCCAAUAACAGCUGUAGCAGGGCAGUAAUUUGACGAACUGACUUGUUGGAAAGGUGGCAUCCUAUGACGGUGCCAUGUUAAAAGUCACUGAGCUCUUCAGUAAGGCCAUUCUACUGCCAACGUUUGUCUAUGGAGAUUGCAUGGCGGUGUGCUCGAUUUUAUACACCUGUCAGCAACGCGUGGCUGAAAUAGCCGAAUCAACUAAUUUGAAGGGGUGUCCACAUACUUCUGUAUAUAAUGUACCACAGCUAACUUUCAUCAAGAAACUUAAGCUGAAACUAGUGUAGCUGCAACUGAAUGUCUACUUGCUAUUAGUCACCGUUAGCGUCUUCACCAUUGUCCGUGGCCUACACUAUCCACCAGCCAGCUCUAGCUCUAGCCUGGACAAUUCGUCGGCCAGUCUGCACAGCGUGCUAUCGACCCAGAGCUUAUCGGACUUUCUGCCGGAAUCACUGGACCCUAGCGCCGGAUCAUCGCAACCAGCUAGCUAGCUGCAACCUGUUGUUGGCUAAUUACCAUUGCCCCAUAGCAAGCACCAGUUAGCCUUGAGCUAGCCUCAGGCCCAUCUCCCGGCUAUCUACCUCUCUGUCAACCGGACGGGACCUCCUAGUGUUGACACUGAGCCCCGCCGAUCCAACACGACUGGUUUGCCGACGAAAUCGUCUGAUGUGGUUUCAACUGGCUUCCCGUUGCGACGACCACGAAGAUCCAUCUGCUAGCCCCAGCCCGCUAGCACACGCAAACUACAACUGUGCUCCCUGCUAGCUGUGCUGAAGCACCAAUUUGAACUGCUCUCGGACUCACAUAUUGCUGUUCACUGGACCUUAUGAUCACUCAGCUGCACAGCUGAUGCCUGCUGGACUAUUCCUUUAAAUGGUACCCUGUCCUGUUUAUUCUGUUUUGCCUCAGCCCAAACUUUAUCGUUAUUACCAGUUGUUGUCUUAGCUCUCUCUAAUAACACCUGUGAUUGCUUUAUGCCUCUCUCCCUUGUCAAUAUGCCUUGCCUAUUGCUGUUUGGGUUAGUUCUUAUUAUACAAUUUCACUGUAGAACCCCUAGUCCCUCUCAAACUGCCUCAAAUAGUUCCUUUGUUCCACCCCCCAUACACGCCGAGACCGGCUCAAUCGGUGCCUCCAGUGAUGCUAUCUCUUUCAUUGUUACCCAACGCUUAGGUUUACCUCAACUGUACUCAUAUCCUUCCAUAUCCUUUUCUGUACAUAAUGCCCUGAAUCUUUUCUACAACGCCCGGAGAACUGCCCCCUUUAUUCUAUGUACCCAACGCACUAGAAGACCAGUUCUUAAAGCCUUUAGUCGUAUACUUAUUCUAGUCCUCCUCUGUUCCUCUGGUGAUGUAGAGGCUAACCCAGGCCCUGCAGCCCCCAGUAUCACUCCUACUCCCCAGGAGCUAUCAUUUGUUGACUUCUGUAACCGUAAAAGCCUUGGUUUUCUGCACGUAAAUAUCAGAAGCCUCCUUCCUAAGUUUGAGUUAUUCACUGCGUUAGCACACUCCGCCAACCCUGAUGUUCUAGCAGUGUCUGAAUCCUGGCUUAGGAAGGCCACCAAAAAUUCUGAAAUGUCCAUCCCCAACUAUAACAUUUUCCGUCUAGAUAGAACUGCCAAAGGGGGUGGAGUUGCAAUCUACUAUAGAGAGAGCCUGCAGAGCUCUAUCAUACUAUCCAGGUCUGUGCCCAAACAGUUUGAGCUUCUACUUCUAAAAAUCCACCUUUCCAGAAAUAAAUCUCUCACUGUUGCCGCUUGCUACAGACCCCCCUCAGCCCCCAGCUGUGCCAUGGACACCAUAUGUGAAUUGAUUGCCCCCCAUCUAUCCUCAGAGUUCGUACUGCUUGGUGACCUAAAUUGGGAUAUGCUUAACACCCCGGCCAUCCUACAAUCUAAACUAGAUGCCCUCAAUCUCACACAAAUUAUCAACAAACCUACCAGGUACAACCCUAAAUCCGUAAACAUGGGUACCCUCAUAGAUAUCAUCCUGACUAACUUACCCUCUAAAUACACCUCCGCUGUCUUCAACCAGGAUCUCAGCGAUCACUGCCUUAUUGCCUGCGUCCGUAACGGGUCCGCGGUCAAACGACCACCCCUCAUCACUGUCAAAGGCUCCCAAAAACACUUCAGCGAGCAGGCUUUCCUAAUUGACCUGGCCCAGGUAUCCUGGAUGGAUAUAGAUCUCAUUCCGUCAGUAGAGGAUGCCUGGUUGUUCUUUCAAAGUAAUUUCCUCUCAAUCUUAAAUAAACAUGCCCCAUUCAAAAAAUACAGAACUAAGAACAGAUAUAGCCCCUGGUUCUCCUCAGACUUGACUGCCCUUGACCAGCACAAAAACAUCCUGUGGCGUACUGCAUUAGCAUCAAAUAGCCCCCGCGAUAUGCAACUUUUCAGGGAAGUUAGGAACCAAUAUACACAAGCAGUUAGGAAAGCAAAGGCUAACUUUUUCAAACAGAAAUUUGCAUGCUGUAGCACUAACUCCAAAAAGUUUUGGGACACUGUAAAGUCCAUGGAGAAUAAGAGCACUUCCUCCCACUGCACUGAGGCAAGGAAACACUAUCACCACCGAUAAAUCUACAAUAAUCGAGAAUUUCAACAAGCAUUUUGCUACGGCUGGCCAUGCUUUCCACCUGGCUACCACUACCCCGGCCACCAGCUCUGCACCCUCCGCUGCAACUUGCCCAUGCCCCCCCCGCUUCUCCUUAACACAAAUCCAGACAGCUGAUGUUCUGAAAGAGCUGCAAAAUCAGGACCCCUACAAAUCAUCUGGGCUAGACAAUCUGGACCCUUUCUUUCUAAAACUAGCCGCCGAAAUUGUCGCAACCCCUAUUACUAGCCUGUUCAACCUCUCUUUCGUAGCGUCUGAGAUCCCCAGAGAUUGGAAAGCUGCCGCGGUCAUCCCCGUCUUCAAAGGGGGUGACACUCUAGAUCCAAACUGUUACAGACCCAUAUCCAUCCUGCCCUGCCUUUCAAAAGUUUUUGAAAGCCAAGUUAACAAACAGAUCACCGACCAUUUCGAAUCCCACCGUACCUUCUCCGCUAUGCAAUCCAGUUACCGAGCUGGUCAUGGGUGCACUUCAGCCACGCUCAAGGUCCUAAACAAUAUUAUAACCGCGAUCGAUAAUAGACAGUACUGUGCAGCCGUUUUCAUUGACCUGGCCAAGGCUUUCGACUCUGUCAACCACCGCAUUCUUAUUGGCAGACUAAAUAGCCUUGGUUUCUCAAAUGACUGCCUCGCCUGGUUCACCAACUACUUCUCAGAUAGAGUUCAAUGUGUCAAAUCGGAGGGCCUGUUGUCUGGACCUAUGGCAGUCUCUAUGGGGGUGCCACAUGGUUCAAUUCUUGGGCAGACUCUUUUCUCUGUGUAUAUCAAUGAUGUCGCUCUUGCUGCUGGUGACUCUCAGAUCCACCUCUACGCAGACGACACCAUUUUGUAUACAUCUGGCCCUUCAUUGGACACUGUGUUAACAAACCUCCAAACGAGCUUCAAUGCCAUACAACACUCCUUCAGUAGCCUCCAACUGCUCUUAAACACUAGUAAAACUAAAUGCAUGCUCUUCAACCAAACGCUGCUUGCACCCGCCCACCCGACUAGAAUCACUACUCUCGACGGGUCUGACCUAGAGUAUGUGGACAACUACAAAUACCUAGGUGUCUGGUUAGACUGUAAACUCUCCUUCCAGACUCACAUUAAGAAUCUCCAAUCCAAAGUUAAAUCUAGAAUCGGUUUCCUAUUUCGCAAACAAAGCCUCCUUCACUCAUGCUGCCAAACAUGCCCUCGUAAAACUGACUAUCCUACCGAUCCUUGACUUCGGCGAUGUCAUUUACAAAAUAGCCUCCAACACUCUACUCAGCAAAUUGGAUGUAGUCUAUCACAGUGCCAUCCGUUUUGUCUCCAAAGCCACAUAUACUACCCACCACUGUGACCUGUACGCUCUUGUUGGCUGGUCCUCACUACAUAUUAGUCGCCAAACCCACUGGCUCCAGGCCAUCUAUAAAUCACUGCUAGGCAAAUCCCCGCCUUAUCUUAGCUCAUUGGUCACCAUAGCAACACCCACCCGUAGUAUGCGCUCCAGCAGGUAUAUCUCACUGGUCAUCCCCAAAGCCAACACCUCUAUUGGCCGCCAUUCCUUCCAGUUCUCUGCUGCCAAUGACUGGAACAAAUUGCAAAAAUCUCUGAAGCUGGAGAUACUCAUCUCCCUCACUAACUUUAAGCAUCAGUUGUCAGAGCACCUUACCGAUCACUGCACCUGUACACAGCCCAUCUGAAAUUAGCCCGCCCAACUACCUCAUCCCUAUAUUGUUAUUUAUUUUGCUCAUUUGUACCCCAGUAUCUCUAUUUGCACAUAAUCUCUUGCACAUCUAGCAUUCCAGUGUUAAUACUAAUUUUAAUUAUUUGGCACUAUAGCCUAUUUAUUGCCUUACCUCCAUAACUUGCUACAUUUGCACACACUGUAUAUAUAUUUUUUCUGUUGUAUUUUUGACUUUGUUUUGUUUUACCCCAUAUGUAACUCUGUGUUGUUGUUUUUAUCGCACUGCUUUGCUUUAUCUUGGCCAGGUCGCAGUUGUAAAUGAGAACUUGUUCUCAACUGGCUUACCUGGUUAAAUAAAGGUGAAAUAAUAAAAAAUAAAAAAAUAAAAGGGCUGUGUCCAGGCAUUCCACGUUGCGUCGUGCAUAAGAACAGCCCUUAGCCGUGGUAUAUUGGCCAUAUACCACACCCCCCCUUAUUGCAUAAUUAUAAUAAGGUAUACCACCUUAUUGUAUCCCAACAGUGGAAUUUACAUAAGCUUUUAGGGAACUCAUACACUUCUGUAAGCUUCAUUGAAGCUAAACAUGUGAUAACUAUACAAAAGAACAGAUUAACAGGAAUGACAUUUACUCUCAUGGGUGGCUAAAAAUAACGAUCUGAAAGCCACACUUCUACUAAACUAGGCCUCCAGUCUAAUGAUCUGACCCGCUGGAUCAAUAACCCAGCAACAAUAACCCAGCAGUUUUUAAAGAAAACAACCCAACUAAGUGACCAAACGCCUGCAAAACCCAGCAGUUGGGUCAAACAACCCAGCAUUUUUUUGAGUGUAUGUGUCUGUUUUGUAUGCGUGCACCUUAGUGUGUGUGUGUGUGUGUGUGUGUCACGAGUGUGUGUGUGUGUGUGUGUGUAGGUGAGCAUGUGUGUGUGUGUUUGUGUGUAUGUGUGUGUGUGGUGGCGGCGGCGGGGGAAGCGGUAUCGUGGGGAAUGCUGGGAAAUUUUAAUAACACAGAAGCAGUGCAGGGAGAUUUAAUAAAAGGAGAUGAUGUGAUUACUGAGCCCUGGCUCUGAGCCAUCCUGCUUCACAGUGCAAUAUCCGCUCACACACACACACACACACUUGCACGUGCACACACACACAUGCACGAUGCACGCACACACGCUCAUAUAUACACACACACCAAAAUAAAAUUAUACUAAAGCUAUACUAAGAUUGUAACAUCCAGACUCACUGUACAGAUACCAUACCCACAACCUCAACCAAGCUUACAUUCCCAAUGUGCUAAAACAAACAUCCACUGAACACUGACAAUACAAAACCCAAUACACAUUUUCACUAAUCCAUUCACAUGGAUGGACACAUACUGAACAUGCAUGCUUACGCACUCAUAAUUUCGGAGACACCUAUAUAGGCUUUAUAAAGGGUUUAUGAAGGCUUCAUUAUGCCUAAAAAGUCAUGUUUCGUCUGAAGUGGGAACAUUCAUCUUGAUAGCAGCCAUGAGCCAUUUCUCCUCUCCCAUUGGUUAUUGGGGAUGCAUCCCAAAUGGCACCAUAUCCCCUAUGAGCCCUAUGGGUCCUGGUCAAAAGUAGUGCACUAUAUAGGGAAUAUGGUGCCAUUCGGGACGCAGGUGGGUCUAUUGUGAAUUACACUUCUAUUAGGGGGAUUAGACUGAUCUACUUAGAGACCUCCCUCAGUGACCGUUGCCUUCAGUUUCCAAGUUUAGUAAAUUCUAUAAUAUGUGGCACUAUGAAAUGGGAUUAAAAACCAAAAAGCAGGACUUAAACACUGCAGAGGAUUGUGGUCUGGUGACCGUUGUCCCAAGUCGCCUUUAUUUGGAGUAAAUUAGGUUAUUAUGUUCAGUAAAUUCUGGAAGUAUAAAAUGGGAUUAAUAAAAAACAAACUGGGAUUUAAAGGGGAAAUCUGCAGUUCAAACAAUAACAAAGCUGACACCCUGCCAUUGAUUUGGUAAAUAGCUGAGGGAUGGAGAAAUGUAACUACUCUCAAAUGUAUACAGAACUAUUGAUGCAAGGACUGACAUCUAUGAGAUCAAAUGUAUAGUUUUAACCAAUAUUUUGAGGCUAUACAGUGUUUGUUUACAAUUACUUUGUUUACAAACAAAGGAGUAAAGCAAUCGUAUAUUUUGGGUAAUGAUGGGAUAAGACAAUUGAACUAAGCUAAUGAGGCAUAAGUUAUAUUCAAUAAUUAAUGGGUACAUGUCAUGCAUUUUAAAGUAAAAGAAUAGCAGAUUGCCCCUUUAAAACUAAAGAUUCUGGUUUGUCAUUUUCGGGGGUCUUGGAUGAGAUAUUUUACUUACAAUUUCUGUAGGUAAUGAGGCAAUUAAGAGUAGGCACUUGAGAGAACUUUCUGUGUGUUGCAGACAGAGACAGCUUUGUAUAAUGGAGUGUGAAGUGAAUUGAUGGUCGUGGUGGUAGUGGUGUUGCCUGGAUUAGUGUUCAAUUGGUACUCCUCGAUUGUGUGUGUGAGUGUGUGUGUCUAAGUGUGUUUGGCAAGCGAGUGUGUUUGGUUAAGUAAGUAUGUGUGACGGUGGCGGGCUGUGAUUGGGGUAAUUUUCGGGAGUGUUAGCUAGUUUGGCAGACAGAUGGAUUGAGAUAGAUUAUCCGUGGCAGCUGUGGUUCGGACAGGACAAGAUCACAGAUUAGGAGUUCUAAUGUGCCGACCUGGCUCACUCUCCUCUCCUCCUUUUCUCUUCUCACCUCUUCCCCUCUCCGCCCUCCAGAUUUGGGGUAGCAACACCUUCCUCUCACCCAGUCAGAGAGCCUUAACACUUCUCUCCUUCUUUCCCCUCCCUAACUUCCUCCAUCUAUCUCUCUGUCCCUAGUCAUCCUGUCGCGUUCUCAUCUCAUCCAGUCAUCCCUUGCCUCUUGCAAUAUUUCAACAUAAAUAUUUUUCUCUCACACUCUUAUUUUUAUGGUCUCUCACUUUCUAUGAGCGAAGUCUCUACACAGCAGACCUCUUGUUUGCAGUGUUGUUUAAUGACCCAGGAUUUCCCCAGUGUCAAUAUGUCAUCAUAUGAUUAGGCGUGGGCAUGUGUGUGUUUUAGAUAUGGAUAGUUAUUGUAGAAAUGUAUAUGGAAGUACUCACUCACUGUAUAUUGAUGAGUAACCUGGGUUUCCUGUAAAUGUAUGUGUGAGUUUAUGGGUCGGGUUAGGCUAGAGAGACCGAGAAAGAGUGUGUGUGUGUGGGGUGGUGGGGGGGGGGGGGGGGGGGGGGUCUGUUUGUUUGUGUGUGUAUUUUGGUGUGUAAAAGAGAGAGAGAGAGAGAUUAACCCCAUGCUAUGGCCAAUCCCUGGUUAUGAGUUUAAAGCGUCUGUCUGGGCAUCGCACUGUUUAAACAACAAUCUAAUUAAUCCUGUCUUUAUUAGUUUCACUGAACUGCGAAGGAGAAGGGAGGGAGGGAGGGAGGGGGGAGAAUUGGGAAUCCUGUCAGAAAAUACUGGAGAGAGAGGGAAGGAGGGAUAGAAGGAGGGGGACAGAAGGAAAAAACAACUGGGAUUUAAGAGGAAUGUAAAAGCAGGAGUUUUAAAUUGAAUUGAUAUGUUGAUGAGAAGGAGAAUGAGUAGGAGGAAAUUAAAGGGGCGGGACACACUAGAGUGGUGGUGAAAGGACAAAAGGAAAGUAGACAACGAAGCCCCGUGAACGAGUGUGUGUGAACUGUUUUUUAAAAACAGUCCAAGCACGAUACUUGUUUCACAUGUUCUCUUCUUCUAAAUCCUACUAAUUGUGAAUAAUAGGUAAUGAUGGGCUAGAACACUGGACCAGCUCAUUCAAUAGAUGAAUGUAAAGAAGUAGUUAAAGACCUAGAAUCCAUCAACACUUCAGUGCAGGCUCCCUACACAUCAGUUGACUACUGCCCCCCAGUGUCAUCAGUGAAGAACAACGUCCCAAAGCAUUACCACGUACUGUUAUUGCAGUAAACAGAUGUUAGCUACGUUACAUGUUCAUUUAAUUAGAUACUGUACACAGAUUUGGUUGAUAAUCUCCACAGGUGCAAAUUAGGUCUAAUCUUUCAGGCAAUCUGUGUCUGUCUCUCUGCCUUUGGGUGCGUUCCAGGUUGUCUUUAAUUCAGUCGCUCGGCACAUCUCAGAGGACUGCUAAUAUCAUGUUAGCGUGGUUCCUUACUGAGAAGUUACAACACUCCUGCAAGCGAUGUGAGACCUGAUCAUCUGCAGCCCGACUACAAAAAAAGACUGUUUGGAAGGACACCUCAAAUGAGGCCUUAAAAGCUCUGCGCUGCUGUACAAAAAAAGACUGUUUGGAAGGACACCUCGAAUGAGGCCUUAAAAGCUCUGCGCUGCUGUGUGGUCAAGACGGUGUCUUCUGCACAUCUCAGAAUAUUACUUUAUCAUAUUCCUACUGUGAUUCUAGAGACGUUAAACUAACUCUUCUUCAGGACUGCAAAAAAGACAACCUGGAAUGCACCCGACUGCAAUAAAGGCAACUUAUCUAUAACACACUGGAACGCACCCUUUCCCACCUCUGUCCCUAUAGGCUGUUUGUCAGGAAGUGCAGUGCGUGCCUGCAGGUGAUUGGCCGCUCAGAGCUGAUCAUGCGUGUGCUGGGGCAGGUGUACCACCUGGGCUGUUUCAGCUGCUGUGAGUGUGAGCGCCGGCUGCAGCGCGGAGACGAGUUUGUCCUGAAGGAGGGACAGUUGCUCUGCAGAGGAGACUACGAGAAGGAGAGAGAGAUGCUGGCUGCCAUCAGCCCCACACCCACUGAGUCAGGUAACAGGACAAGACAGGGCAACCAAUCAAAUCAAUCAAUCAACCAAUAAAAUUACUGGACGAAAUCUAGGUGGCACUUUAUGUUACGGUACAGAAAGUGCAGGAGAUUACAUAAUUACACAGUGAUAACCUACUGACUUGUUUUUUCACUGGGAUUCACUACUAGGCACCAUUUGAUACCAGUUUGUCUGUCAAUUGAAGAUCCCAUUUUCUCUCUCCACACCCCUCAGUGAAGAGUGAGGAUGAGGAUGGUGGGGGCGGUUCUGUAGGGGGGAAGGGCGGCGAAGGGAAGGACCACAAACGGUCAAAGCGACCACGCACCAUCUUGACCACACAGCAGCGCAGAGCUUUCAAGGCCUCCUUCGAGGUGUCCUCCAAACCAUGCAGAAAGGUAAGCAGACCAGGCAUUACACGGUUUUCUUUCUCUCUUUCUCGCUCUCAUAAACACACAAACACAGUCCCAUUUAGUGUCAUGGCUUAAUUUCUCUUAUCUUCAGGUGAGAGAGACACUGGCAGCUGAGACCGGGUUGACGGUUCGAGUCGUGCAGGUGUGGUUCCAAAACCAAAGAGCAAAGGUGAGAUAUUUGACCUGUCCUGAAUCCCCCCCCCCCCCCCAUGACACUAAUACAACCAAUAACACUAAUCAUGAAUCUAAUGGCGCAAUUGCUCUGGAACUGCAUGCUAACAUUUAUUUUAAAGGCUAAAGAACAGUUAAAGGGAUAGUUUACCCAAAUAACAAUGCAAUUUUGGUGAACAAUCCUUUUAACGAACGACAGAGCAAUAGCGCCAUUGAGUCCAUUAUCAGUGUGCCAGUGUGUGUUUGUCCUGUGUGUUGCAGAUGAAGAAGAUAGCUCGCAGGCAGCAGCAACAGCAACAGCAGCAGGAGCAGGAGCAGCUGGGAGGGUCCAGGAGAGGGCCGAGCAGGGGGGGCCGACAAAGCAACGAUGACAGUGAGGGUAAGACGGGGAGACAGAACAGGGGUUUCCCAAAAGCCCUUGUAAAUAACUGGUACUUAACUCGUAGAACGGUAGAUAUAGAAGUGCUUAAUUUGGCAAUUUUUGUUCAUUCAUGCACAGGAAGAUUAGUCUUUCAGUACAAACGUAACAAUUAAAAGAGUAGCUUGCCAAAGUAGCAAAGGUUUCAGGAAACUCCCCUCUAGGCAGGUGAAACAAUGUCUCUGGAGGUAAAGGGGCAGGACGAGAGGAAGAGAUGCAGGGAUUGAUUUAAUGUUCUGUCUCUCUCCUCCCAGAUGGUUCUAGUGGUCACGGAUUGGACGGUCUGUUGGCGUACCCCUCGUUGCCACGACAGCAGCUACUGGCUCUGGACCCCAACAUCUACGGAGGAGAGCCGUUCCGCCAUGGCCUCACACCCCCUCAGCUGGGCUCUGAACAUCUUCACUCCUACGGUGAGAGAGAGGGAGAGGGAGAAAGAAAGAGAGAGAGAGAGAUGGACGGACGGACCAAACAGAAAGACUAACUCUAUUUCUCCAUUUAGAUUCAGAGACUGUGUUCCACGAUCUGGACAGCGACGGAAGCCUCAGUCACCUCGGCGACUGUCUCCUGGCAACGGCAGACGGCGGGCUCCUGGCGGGGCGGGUGGGAAACCCCAUCGACCGCCUCUACUCCAUGCAGAACUCCUACUUCACAUCCUGACCCCUCACCUUUGACCUCUGACUCACUCCACCAAUCACCACUCAGAGAAGCAGCUAAUGGCCGGUUAUCCUACUAGGCCCACAAGGUCAUCACACCAACCAUGCUUGAGCUGGGUCCAUAUCCAUAUCUGAACAGGCUUAUUGUACAUAACCAAGUAAAAGCAUAAUAGGAAACACCUGGGUCAUGUUCAGUAGGGAGGAAACGUUAGGCGUGAAACGGGGAGGUACUACCUUAACUUGCCAUACCAAACACGAUCCAGGUAGCCAUUUAAGAUCUCAACUAUGACUUAGGCCGUGUCCGAAAUCUGGCUUGCCUACUACUUACUUAAACUGCAUACUGUGUACCUAUCCUACUACAGACUAUUUAGAACGUUCUGUUUAGUACAAACGUAUGCAGUAAGCAACAAAUAUCAAAAUACUACUCAUACAUACUGAGAAGGUGUCAUCGAAUGCGCAAUCACCCUUGUUCCCCGCCAUUCGUUAAUUUUUGUAGAGCGCGUCCCCUAUUCUGAUUAUCAGCUGUUGUCGAACACACGUGGGUGUGAAAAGACGAUUAUCUUCCUCGAUCUUCCCAGCGAAUUCUACUAGAUGAAAAGCCGAAAUGAGUGACAUCCAGGCAUUUAAAGUAUACUCGAUUUUCAACAUUACACAUACUAUAAAACUUUAUCUUUUCCACAUACUCAAACGGCCUACUAUUUAGGAUGCAAAUAUGGGUAUUCGGACACGGCCACACUCUUUUGCUUGAUCCCAACAUCCUACCUGUAGCAGACAGAUGUGAAAUCCUAUGACAACAUACUUUAUUUGAUACUCUCAUUGUUUCAUUUAAGGGGGGAGGGGGAGUCACUAUUCCAUUGGUCCAUUGCUCCAGGCAAGCUUAAAUCAACGGCAGCUAAGUAUUUCAAAGAAAACAAAUACUAUUUGAUCCCAGGUCUGUCAGGUCCGUGUGUUUGUGAAUCACAAACUUAUGUUACUUAUUAGGUUGCUAAUGAAUGGGGAGUGUUUCAUUCAUUAGCUCAUGUUCUGACCUGCUUGUUGUGUCCACAUGGAUAGGGAGUCUUCUUGGCAGCAGGGUUUAGGAGCAGAGUGAAGACAUGCAUACCAGAGAGGUUACAGCAGACUAGGAGCAGAGCUGCCUCCAGAACAUGAUUCAACCCCAAAACCAUUGUAGUGGAGAUGGGCACUGGUUCAAAGCAUGGAUUGGGUCAAUUUAGUUUUCAGUUCAGUCAAAUCAGAAAGUGAAUGGAAGUUAAGCCUAAAUUAAUGACUGGAAUAAAGGUACUGGUGGAUUUGGAGGAACAUUGGAGAGAUAGAUUUCAUAGAGGUUGAGAUGAGUUGGAGGAUACAGAGUGAGUGGCAAGUUAGAUUUGUAUGUGAAUGAGUGAAAUAUGUGGGUUAGGUAACUUAGUUCUAGAGUUUCCUCUCAGGUUAGUGUUUUUAGCAAUGUUAUACAGGAAAUUAUUAACAAAUCACUCGAACCCCUGAUUAGUUCACAUUAGUCAACAUAGAGAAAGAAGAUAUUUACACUGUAGUUACAAUCAGGGUCCUAUAGAGCAGUGUUUCUCAAUCUUUGUCCUGGGGCCCAGAGGGGUGCACAUUGAAAAGAAGAAAGAAACAAUGCUAUGCCUGGUCUGCUUACCUUUCUGCAUGGUUUGGAGGACACCUCGAAGGAGGCCUUGAAAGCUCUGCGCUGCUGUGUGGUCAAGAUGGUGCGUUGUCAGGUGUGAACUGCUAAGGUAAAAACAAAAAUGCGCACCCCUUUGUGUCCCCAGGACCAGGAUUGAGAAACACCACUAUGGAGUAGGCAAACAGGGUCAUUCAGAUAAGGUUAUCACAGAAACAGGGUUGUGUAAAGGAAAGUGUAACGCUUUCAUGUAGCUCUGGUCCAGGGUUUUAUGUGGGGCUUGCUUAGAAAUGCUCAGCAUCAGCAAGCCACACGUAACACCCUGGACCAGAGCUAGCUUUCGUGUAACUAUUUCUUUGAUACUGUGAAGUAUUCACUAAUAAAGGUGCAGGAGUUUGUCCUGGGAGGGAAAAACUCUAGGCCCUAACUAAAAGGUAUAAGUUGAAUACUAAUUGGUGAGUAACACUUAGGCCCAGGAGUCUUUCCUGGUCAGGUCACGUGGUCAGGAAAACUACUGGCCCUAGCUACGAUAAACAAGUAUGUGUUCCAAUGUAAAAUAAUUGUGUUAAUAUUAUUGUUGUUACAAUGAAUACUACAGUACUACUAUAGGUAUAAAUCACUGUAAUUAUUUCUUUCAUCGAAAACACACCUUACAAUAGACGUUGUUCAAUAUUUUGUACUCUUAUGGUUAAGUAUUUAUGUUGUAGCAUGAGCUGUGUGUGCCACACUUUCAAAAUGUAAAUAAUUAUUACUAUGAACAUAGCACUGAUGACAGUAUUUUCCUAUAGCUUAUACCCACACAGGGACCGGACCAUCUUGUGGAGUCCACUUCCUAUAUGAUUUCACAUAAUUGACUGAUGAUAUAUUUUUUACAGUACAGUAUUUACGUGGAUAUAAUUUAUUGUGCGAUACAUUUCUCUGUAAGGUAUGAGAAAUUCUUAUUCUUAGAUUGUCUGAAAGAAACGGUUAAAGUUUUUGUUCUGUGAGCUCUUCCAGUGUAUGUGCUUUUUGAGUGUAAUGUUGUCAUUUCUUCAAUAUAACCUGUCAAUUCAGAGUCAGACUAAAUAUGCCUACAUUAUUAUUCUGAGUAUAUGUGUGAUGCUGAUGAUGCAAGGCUUCUCCUUCUACACUGAGUGUACAAAACAUUAUGAACACCUGCUAUUUCCAUGACACAGACUGACCAGGUGAAUCCAGGUGAAAGCUAUGAUCCCUUAUUGAUGUCACUUGUUAAAUCCACUUCAAUCAGUGUAGAUGAAGGGGAGGAGACAGGUUAAAGAAGGAUUUUUAAGCCUUGAGACAAUUGAGACAUGGAUUGUGUAUGUGUGCCAUUCAGAGGGUGAAUGGGCAAGACAAAAUAUUUAAGUGCCUUUGAACAGGGUAUGGUAGUAGGUGCCAGGCGCACCGGUUUGUAUCAAGAACUGCAACACUGCUGGGUUUUUCGUGCUCAUGUUUCCCGUGUGUAUCAACAAUGGUCCACCACCCAAAGGACAUCCAGCCAACUUGACACAACUGUGGGAAGCAUAGGACUCAACACGAGCCAGCAUCUCUGUGGAACGCUUUCGACACCUUGUAGAGGCCAUGCCCCGACGAAUUGAGGCUGUUCUGAGGGCAAAAAGGGGGGGCGGGGGGAAACUCAAUAUUAGGAAGGUGUUCUUAAUGUUUUGUAUGAUAGGGAGCUAUAACGUAAUUGUAGAAAAGAGCCUCUGCACGUUGUUUUUUUCUAAAGUUUUGACCUUUUUGAAGACUGACAUUUCUAAGGAAGAAUCUCUCCACUUGAUUGCGUCUCCCUCAGCCUUUAAUAAGUGAAGCAGAAAAGGGGGCCUGUUCUGGUUAGUAGUCAAAGGGCACAUAACUCAAUAUCCUCCCUCGUCUGUCUCUGUGGUCACACAGAUUCUAUCUCCACAGCCCCCUCCUUCUCCGUUUUCCUCCAUCCUUCCUGGGCUCUGUUCCCUCCACCAGUGGAAAUCCUCCUCCUUCAUCCCCCCCUACUUCUCCUUCCUUCCACCCUUCCUUAGCUCCUUCAUAUUCUAAUUCUCCAGCCUCCUUCCAUCCUUCCUGCACUCCCUCCUUUCCCUCAACAAGUGA